UACUAUGGGACCAAGAACCAAAAAGAGGAGAGUCCUUCUGGAAGCAGUCAAUAAAUAUUUAAUAUUUUGAACUGACUAACUAAUGAAUGAACUAACGAUUGAAACUAGAAGAAUGAACUGACCACUGAAACUAGUAGAAUGAACUGACCACUGAAACUAGUAGAAUGAACUAACUAAUGAAAGAGUUCAUUACAUACUAUGAGCAGAAAUGGAAAAAAGAUCUUCUUCCCUCAAAAUAUAAUAUUUUUGAGAAAAUACGGGCCAUAAAUGACGUUCCAGAAAUACAUUUGCGAGUAUUAAAAAACAGCUCAAAAUCCGAAAAUCCAAGUUUUUGGAAAUUUAUUGAGUCGAUUGGUAAAAAUUUGGCAAAGCAUGUCAAGGAUUGUAGGAAGUUUCGGGGUUCGCCAGAUAAUUUUAAAAUUAAUUUUUCUCCUCGUGUUAAUUGUUCGAUCCACAACAACCGAGAGAGAAGUGUUUCGUCGGGAAUAAAGAAAUUAUUUCAACUGCUAUCGGAACACCGAAUUGAAGCAUCGGAGUUUUUAGAACGAGUGAUGGUAGUGAUGCACGACUACUACAAUGAUUUCUUUUUUGAUAAAUAUUUAUUAGAGAAGGAAUUGACAGAUAUGAGUGAUCGUAUAGACGCCUUCUUUGCCGAAUUACCAGACGCUUCAUUUGUUUUUGAAAAUAAUGUGGAAAAUGAUGACGACGAGGUCCAGAGAAGCGAAGCUGUUGUAAAUGAAAUGCAACGAGUCAUUGAUGGACUUCAACCAGCUGAUGUUAAUGCCGAAGUCAUUGAUGGUAAUGACAUAUAUAAUGCUCGAUGCAGGAGAUGUAAUGUUGCACUUGUCACAACAAUAAAUUUGCCAUGCAAACACAUUGAGUCUUGCAAUAAUUGUAUUACGAAAGAAAAUAACGUUUGCUUCAUAUGCAACACUUUAAUAGCUAGAACAGAGCGUGUUUUCUUACCAAACGACACUGAAGGUGAUGGGUACAAUCUCAACUGUGAGAUUUGUUACGAGAAGCCCACAAAUAUCAUGUGGACGACUUGUAACCACGGAUUGAGCUGUCGAAGGUGUGCCGUAGCAGUGAUUAGAGGGUAAACGGACAACCUUUCCACUACAACAAGAAUACAAUGCCCGCAUUGUAACCUUCGGGCUGAAGGGUUCAUGGAAUUUGAGUUGAGUGUUUAGGAUAGGAUUAUCUAACAGUUCCAACAGCCUUCAUAAUUUUCACGAUUAAUUAAGUUUAAUACAUUAAAAAUACUCAAA